AUUUGAUAUGUAAACGAAACCUGCACACGUUGUUGCAUGGGCUUUUGUUGUGAUUAUAAACGAAUUAAACAAAAAAUCGACAUAAAUGACGAAUUUCAAGUGUAAAAUGGAAUAACCGCGAUGGACAUUAUAUUCUAAAUAUACAAGAAUAAGAUACCGGUUAUUAUAUGGAAGUUCAGGAUGUAAACCGUAUACAAAUAGAUAAACACUUGGAUUUAUAUGUUUAAUUUUUCUGAUUUAUUACAACUCUUCUCUGACUCUAAUGGGGUCAUCUCAUGGACUAAUAUUUCUUCUGGUUUAUUGUCUUCAUUUAACGGAAGGAGAGAUUAGAUGUUACUGUAACGAGGCUCGGUGUGUUCGAACAGGCUACAUGUGUAAAUCAACAUUAAAUGCGUGUUACUCAAUACUAACUUAUGAUGAUGGGAAACCAAAGACAACUCAGGGAUGUAUCGAGUCUUUAGAGCCAUCAAAGCGUGUCGUGUGCAAAAGUGAAAAACCUGAACAAUAUACAAGCAAGUUACCAACACAGGAACAAUCUCUGUUAAUUUGUUGUCACAAUGACAUGUGUAAUUAUAACGAAAAAACAAUUAGCAUAAUAGUCAAGGAAAAAUCAAAUGGCAGUACUCAAAAUGGCAAUGAAAACUUAUUAGAAGAUGUUCCAUCCUUUCACAAAGACCCAAAGGAUUCCAGCGUCGACAAAGACUUGUGGUUUAAAGCUGCCGUGAUUGCAGUUCCCAUUGCGGGGGGAUUCAUUCUCAUUUUAUUGGUGCUGUUGGCUGUGCGCAUGCUUAGAUCAGACUCUCGCAGACACAGACAGUUGAUACAAAUCCAACGGGAAAGGACAAGUCUCACAAAAGCUCAACUUUAUGUAACGGACCAUUUUUGUGACAAACCAUGUAACAAAAAAGCACCUUUAUUAUAUGACGAUAAACAAAAUAGUGUGUGUAAAGAACCUUUUAUCAAAGUAGAUAAGGAUGGUAAAAUAUAUGAACAAGUUGGAGAUACUUCAAAGUGUAAAAACAAAAGUCCUUCGUUAAUUGUUUGGGGGAAACCGGGGAAAACUGAUUUUGCUACCGUUGUAUAAUGUUUUUCUUUUGUGUAUUAACAGUAAAAAUGUUGAUUUAUCAUACAUUAGAGCAUCGGGAUGAUGUUUACAAUUACAACAAAUGUACGAAACCUGUAUGUCCAUAUUAUCUGUCACAUAUGAAAGUUGGUAAAUACAGAUGAGUGGCUUUCACCAUCUCCUAAAAUGCUUUUGUUGGUACAAAGGAUAUAUUUGGUUUUUGUUGGUACAAAGGAUAUAUUGGGCUUUUGUUGUACAAAGGAGGUAUUUGGCUUUUUCAGUUGCCAGGGAUUCUAUAAUUGAUCAAAAAGUGAAUCGACUCAAAUCACAUAAAAUAAAUUAUGAUAUCAUUGUCGGAUCUAUCAUACCUAUCGAGAUCCGAGCAGUUUUAUUUUUGAUGUUCAGAAAUGCUCAAUAAAGUUUUGUUCAUCUCAACAUUUCUUAAUUAAAGAUUAAAAGGGAAAAAGUUAUCCUGCAAGAAUAUUUUCUCACAAUUAAAGCACAGUGGACAUUUGGAAUAGUUACAUUUUGUAGUUUUGACAAGAUUAAAACAGAAAACAUAAACUAUAACAAAUUGUAAUUCCAAUUAACAAAGUCGCCUACAUUUACAAUACAAUUUUGGAAGAAAAAGCCAAUCGGCCAUUAACGUUACUUGGUUUAAAAUUGUUGUGGUUAUGUGAUAUAAGUUUAUAUGCUUAAAACGAAUUCAAAUAGUCGUUUUUAAUACGUGCUUUCAAAUCUUAAAUGCGCAUGACAUGAUGUGAAUGUUAUUUUGUAAGAGUGUACAUGAAUUAUAGAAAGCUCCUUCAAAAGGGGUUUUUCCAUUGUUGUAAAUGUUUGUGAAUAUGUUGUGAAUGAAGACGUGAUGCACAUGUAUGGAAGUUGUUCUUUGUUAUUUGUCUUCUAAAGACAGACAGAGUAUUUUUAUUAUAUAUAUUUGAAAUUCUUAUUUAUUAAAAAUAAAUUAUGAAACAUUUGA